AUGGAGAGAAGCAUGGUUGAUUUACAAAUUGUGAAGGCUUUAUGUGCAAACGGGAUUCCGUUUAACGUCUUGCGUAAUCCACAAUUUUGUGACAUGAUAAAUGCUAUAAGAAAAGCACCUGAAGGCUACAAAGCAUCGUCUAGUGAGAAAGCAAGGACCGUUCUACUAGAUGAAUGUGUUAGAGAUGUUGACAAGAGCCUAACACCAUUUAAGGAUACAUGGUAUUCACAAGGUCUUUCUAUAGUAUCUGAUGGCUGGUCAAACAUCAAACACAACUCGUUGAUCAAUGUUCUUGCUGUAAAUUUCCAUGGUGUUAUGCUUAUGCAUGCCGACGACUUUUAUGGGGUGGAGAAAACAGGGGCAAGGAUUGCAGAAUUUUUGAGGCAAGCAAUUGAAUCUGUUGGGCCAAGUAAUGUUCUCCAAGUCGUGAUGGACAACGCAGCCAACUGUAAAGCAGUGAGAAAGGAACUCAAAAAGGUAUACAAGCAUAUAUUUUGGUCAACAUGUUGUGUUCACACGUUAAACUUGAUUUUUAAAGAUUUUGCACGUGCGUUUAUUUGGUUAGAGGACACUUAUACAAAGGAGAAAAGGACUGUCAAAUAUUUUUUAAACCAUGGACAAGCUUUAGCUAUUUUUAGGGACAAUUCUAAGUUGGCACUUUUAAAAGUAACAAAAACUCAAUUUGCCUCUCACUACGUUUUGUUGAAGAGGUUACUCCUUUGUAGGGAGGCCCUAUCUACAACUAUUUCUCUUAAUUCAUGGAGAGAUUAG